UUAAGAUGGGUACCAGGGCACGAAGGCGUACAUGGUAACGAGCAGGCAGACAGAGCAGCAAAAGAAGCAGCAGAAGGUCCUCACCGCACUAGUCCCCGUGAGUCCCUCCCCCGAUAUCUACGCAAGGGCCCGCUACCUUUAAGUAUUUCAGCUAUGAAACAAGCACACCGGACACAAGUUCAAGCAAGGUGGGCAAGACUAUGGCCUACCUCCCCCCGCUAUCAUCGCCUUCAAGCAAUAGAAUCCGCCACUAUCAACAAAUCAUUCCUCAAGCUCACAGCCAAUUGCUCCAAACGCCUCACCAGCCUCCGCACUCGUCACAUUCCGUUGAACAAACACCUCCACCGCCUAACAAAAGUUAAUUCCCCCCAUUGCCCACAUUGCCCGCUCAUCGAUGAAACUAUACUACACUUCUUGUUUGACUGCCCGCAAUAUCAACGCGAAAGGCACAUCCUGGCAUGUGCCCUUGGAAGGAAAUCCACUUCUCUCCCAUACCUCCUAACGGACUCCGAAGCCAUCCCCCACCUUGCAAGAUUUGUUAACGCUACCCGCCGCCUGAAACCCACGCUAGGUGAAAUUCUGCCGCCCUCGUCCUAG